CUCAGGCUCAGUUCGUACAUCGUCUUCAGGAAAGCAAUCACUUCUUGGCAUUUCGCAAUGGCAGGAAUUGAAACAACGUGCUCCCGAUGCCAGGGUAAGGGACAUGGUGCUGCUGAUUGUCACUUGCCCUUCUUCCGCAGCUGUGAAUACUGCAAGACUGCAGGUCACACUGCUAGGGAGUGCCCGCUCUUGCGGCAAUGUACUUACUGCAAAUGUGAGGGUCACACCAAUCGCAACUGUGCCAAGCUACUGGCGAAAAGAGCCAAGGCACGAGCGUCAGAUGAUUCAAAGAGUGAGACGUCUGAGGCCAGCAAUGGUCAGUCUGGUGUGAGCACAGCUUCGACAUGGGCAUCAUCACUUCCCAAGAAGCAGCAUUGGAAGCGAUGGACUGAACCACAGAAGCCUCGGAUGCAAGCCUUGACUGAAGAUGAAGAAAAACAGGCACGCAAGGUUGAGAAGAAAUUGCGCGAGAUUGCAGCUUUGGAAACUCGGCUUGCUGAAGGGGAAACUUUGGAGGAUUUGCAGCAGAAGAAGGUUGACAAGAAGUCAGAGUUUGAGGAGUGUGAGGUCAUGCGUAAGUUGCGCUCUGGCUAUAGACGAUGCGAGCUACCAGCCAAAGGCCUGAUUGAAGCAAAGUAACGCCAGGUGUGUCCAGGCGUGUCAAAUACGAGCCAUGAAGUGUAGAUGCAUAGAAGUUUAUAGUUGCUUUCACCCAAGCAGCACCCUUUGUGCAGUGUGCAGAUGCAGUCUGGUGUUAGCUAGCUCAUGGCUUGCCUUGAUCACUUUACAUUUAGAAGAUCUUUCCAGUUUGCCAGUUGAGUCUGGACAUGUGUACAGCAAACAAGAGUCGAACACGACUAGGAGAAUAGAAAUUCAGGGGAAACAA